AUGGUGCUGCUCAGCUUUCUUAUAUUUAAGCUUACAGAAGCAUUCAGUGGAAACAACAAUGGUAAAGGAGUACCUGGCUUUAAGAGUGUCGAAGUCAUCAGAAUAUUUUUAGUUUUGGGUGGUAAUCGUCGUAAAAGAGAAGAUAGUAAAUAUAAUAAAGUACAGGCAGAGUACAUUGUCAACAUACAGAAAAAUGAAACGAAGACAACAGAUGCUGAAAAGUUAACAACAGCUUUGCAAAAAACCUUUUCAUCAUAUAUCGAAUCCACAAAUAAAACAACAAUUAAAAUUGCCAAUUUCGAGUUACAAGCAGAUGUUGCAGAUUUUCACGUAUAUGAUGAUCAAGAAAACGGAUUGUGCAUGAUACCAAAUCGAACUGACUGCGAUGCAAAAAGUACAUUUUGUAACAACACUUUUGGUGGUUUUGAAUGUGUCUGUAAACCUGGUUACAAACCUUUCCUACGAUACAAGAAGUCUUGUGAAGAUAUAGAUGAAUGUGCUGAUAUGUCUUCAAAUGAGAAAAAAGUACGUUGCGUGCAUGGUACCUGUCUAAACACAGUAGGAGCAUGGAAUUGCACUUGUCCUUCUAGCAGGCAAUGGCAGUAUGUGGGCAAUACGACAUACAGUGCAUUCAGAUGCCAAGGUAAUAGAAAUAAAAUAUAUAAAUAA